ACCACAUGGCGCAUAGACGGCGGCAAGAGCUUGUGGCACGAGCUUUCGAUGCGCUUGCUGCGGACACUUGCCGCACCAUUUCUUUGCUGCGCCCAGCUCUGAAGCACAAAUGUCCAAACGCCUGUGCAGCAGCCAUACAGGUUCUUGCCCAGCUCUGCGUCCAAAAGAAAAUGGGUUGUACACCCGCGUUGCAAACAAUUUUGGAUACCAUGCGGCAAAACAAUUCACAAGAAAUUGCCGGCACUGGACAACAAGCUAUUGUGAGCAUUCUUGGCGCUGUGGCUGACGGACAGGGCGGUGUCAGCAAAGAGCUUUUGGAGGCUACAAGCCAUAUCGAAGGGCCGAGCAUUUGCAUAGCUGUGGCCAAGAUGUGCAAUGAUUUGAGCCCCAUGGCGUUCGAUGACUUCCUACAUCGCUUGCUCUGCAUGCUACAAGCUCCCGACAAGCGACAUGGAUGA